AUGCAUCACCUCCGCCGAUGCUCCGCCGUCCAGAUCCUCCCAUCUUCUCGUAGCACCGCUUCUCCUCCUCUUGGACGUCACGAAGUGCUCCAAAAGAUUGGCGUUUCCUCGCCUCCCUCUGUCGGAGAUGUUGCUGUCGUUGUGUCUCGUCCCUCGGCCCCUUCGAACUGUUCUGUGGCUCGCAGAGCUGUAACAAGGUUAGUGCUAUUAUCCCUUUCGUCACCAACUGCUAGGGAGCUAACCGGAAUUCUUUACCGGAGGUUGGUCUUGCCGGCUAAGCUGGAAUUCUCAAAACCGAUGGAGCCUCCAGAUCCACCAAUCCCGCCUGACCCGCCGCUGCGGUCCCUGUCUUUGGCUUCAUAUCUUCUCCGCAGAUCCUAUCACUGUCCCUCAUCGUCGUUUCUCCUAAGAUCAAGAAAUCUCGUGCCGCAAAGUCUGAUUUCCCACCCGUCGCCACCUCUCUUUUAG